AUGAUGAUGAUUUAUUGCUUUCCUUUAGUUUUGAUCUCAUUGACGAUUAUUGUGUCGCAGUGUAACGGCUUUGCACUGGAGUCAUCAUCAGAAAGCAAAAAGGUAUUUACCUUCACUAUAGAACCCAUCAAAAUGAAACCAAGUACCUUAGCCUACUUCCAAAAAAACCCAGAAAUAUACUAUGGUCUGCUAUGUGAUAGAGAUAAUGCCCGUAUGAAUUACUUAGUAGGAGUCGGAACUUCGAUGAACACAUCACAGGGGGGAAACGACAUUGUUUUUAAACCAGUAUCACCUAAGACGGAACUUGGUUGGUCUUUCAGUGUGUUAGUACCUAUAGGAAAACCUCUUCAAAUACAACCAUUAUUGCUUGACACAGGGAGUGGCAUGACCUGGUUUAUGUGCCAGCCAGACUGUGUUCGUUGUCACCCAGUCCGUCAGGGCGAUACAAUAUAUCCCAUAUAUGAUCAGACCAAAUCUGAUACGGACCUUCGCGUAGAUUGUGGAAAUGAAGAUUGUGAAUCACGUUACAGCUCAUGUGUUGACGAUGACCAUCUGUGGUGUAAGUUCAGAAUAGAUUAUGCUGAUAACGAUUAUGCAAAGGGAGAUUUAAUCUAUGAUAUGUUAGUUCUCGGGGGUCGUGAAAAUAUGUAUCCUAUGGGCUGCUCGCGGGACACCACAUAUAAUAAUCCCUCUACUAGCGGAAUUUUAGGUCUCGCGCAAGGUUCACUGUCACUAGCGGAGCGGAUCAUCCGCAACUAUAAAGACUUAAGCGUCUUCUCAUACUGCCUUUCACCAGAUAACUCGACGUCUUUGAUAUUCAGCGGAGAUUAUGUUUCUAUGCUCUCGUCAUCAACAAAGCAGCUCUCUAAUCAGGAAAUUUUUUAUACCAACAUGAUCACGAAUCCUUCCCGGCCUGUUUGGUAUUAUGUCGAUUUGGUUGGAAUAAGCAUCGGUUCAGGUGAAAUCAUAGAGGGAACAGAAGAGCCGGUAUUUCAUAUUUCCGGGGAAAGUGGAGGAGUAUUUAUUGACAGCGGCUUCACGUUCACAACGUUGGUUCCCGAGGCUUACAAGGCAGUCACCAAGGCAUUCAAGGAGAUGGUCAGCGGUCUAUCUGGUUGGGUUCCUUUUCGGCCAGUUGGUGGGUUAUCAACAUGUUAUAAUUUGAGCAGCGUAUCACGUCCGAUUGAAUUUCACAGCCUCAACUUUCAUUUUAGAAAAGCAGAGAGUCCGGAAGAAGGCCGAAGAAACUACGAUGAUGAUGAGCAUUUUAAGCUUGAGUUGGCGUUCGAUAACGUUAUGACUAUGGUUAAUCGUCAGUAUACAAACCUUUAUUGUUUGGCGUUAACCGAAACUAAGAGUGGCAUCUCGAUUAUUGGAAUGAUAAAUCAAAGAAAUAUCCGGAUGGAUUUUGGUUUUCAGUUUAACUUUAGUUUACUUGCAGGUACUGGUCAUGGAUAA